UGGGCGGGGUGGGCGGGGGCCUAGAGGCUGGGGAUCUGGUUGGUUGACCUGAUUGGAUGGCUGUUCAGGCACAGGUCCGUCUGUAUGUGGAAGCUGAGUUAUCGUGUGGAAAGUGUCGUUUAGGAUUUGAGGUAGUCUUUCUUAUGUACCAAUAUUUAUGAAAGGCACCUUCCUUUCAGUUCCAAACAAAGCGUUAUUAUUCAAUAAUCUGAUCCGGGCCAGUGCAAGCUUGGUGACGCUGCCCUUAAAGCCACCUCCCAAGGCUUGGAAGGCGGCUCGCAGUGGCAGAAUAACGGAGCUAUCGUCGACGAACCUCCGACAUCACCUUCCUCACAGUCGACAGCGCCGCUUUCUCACACUGCUUACUUUAAUCCUUCAACUUGGUAUCCUGCUCCUUAAAUUUCGGAAUCUCGACUAUCCGAUCGCGCUUGUCCUCUGUGAUUUUCUUCGGUGCGCCGCUGCGCGGUUUGGAUUUCUGGCGGACGCGGUCGUGCUCCCGACGGAUGGUCGAGACGAGGGUUGAGAGUGGGAUGGUGGAGUGUCUCUCUUGGAUUUUUCUGUAGCCCCACCCGAUGCUGCGGAGUUCGCAGAUGCGCGCGCGCAUUUCAGGGGUGAGUUCCUUACCUCGUCGGCCUCGAGGCUUUGAGGGGACAUCCGUUGGGGGGGUUGGAGUGCUCAUUGUUGUUGUCGUGUUGGGGACGUGAAGGUCGCGAUUCGCGAGUUGCUAUAAGGCACAGACGCACAGACCAUAUGUGAUAUUUGAAGCACUCACUAUACAGUAUGUAGUUUGUGACACUUUCGCUUUUCUUCUGUAAUUGAAAAUUGAAUAGACACUGUUGGCAGAAAGUAUG